GUGACAGGUGUCAUGCGAGAAAAUUUUAUUUUGCAAUUAGGUAUACACACUCCCGUACGAAAAUAAUUUAGUGAUGAAAAAGUUAAGUUCAAAUUCGUUGGAACGUCCAUUGAAUCAAAAAUAAAAUUUCCUGCUAUGAACUAGAAAAAAAGUUACACUCAAACCAACGAAAUGUUUCGUAGUAGAAGUUGGUUUGGCGGAGGAUGGAAUCGUCCUAAGAAUCGACUCUCGCUGGAUCAUCUGAAAUACUUGUACAGUGUACUAGAACGCAAUACUACGGUGUCCGAAAGCAACCGCGGUUUGCUCGUAGAAUCCCUUCGAUGCAUAGCAGAAAUUCUCAUAUGGGGCGAUCAGAAUGAUUCAUCGGUAUUCGAUUUCUUUCUAGAAAAAAAUAUGCUCUCGUACUUCCUCCACAUUAUGCGACAGAAAAGCGGGGGAUCGAGUUUCGUCUGUGUUCAAUUGUUACAAACGUUAAACAUCCUUUUCGAAAACAUUCGUAAUGAGACGUCGCUAUAUUACUUGUUGAGUAACAACUUAGUAAAUUCGAUAAUCGUUCACAAGUUUGAUUUUUCGGAUGAAGACGUAAUGGGAUAUUACAUUCUGUUUUUGAAAACACUCAGCCUUAAGCUAAAUACCCAUACAAUACACUUUUUCUACAACGAGCAUACGAACGAUUUCCCUCUCUAUACGGAAGCCAUCAAAUUUUUCAAUCAUCCAGAAUCCAUGGUACGCAUUGCUGUACGUACUAUUACUUUGAAUGUUUACAAGGUGCAGAAUCCAAAUAUGCUACAGUUCAUUCGUGACAAGACAGCCGCACCUUACUUUAGUAAUUUAGUCUGGUUCAUCGGAAAGCACAUACUGGAGUUGGACGCAUGUGUUCGUAACGACACCGAUCAUCAAUCUCAGCAUCGUCUAGCUAAUCUUGUAGCAGAACAUCUUGAUCACUUGCACUACCUGAACGAUAUACUGUGCUUGGACAUCCCUGAUCUUAAUGCUGUUCUCACAGAACAUUUGCUUCACAAGCUGCUCGUCCCAUUAUACAUAUUUUCGUUAACGCCUAGCCCGCCUAUUUCAAUGGCAGUUGUAACACGAAAUCUGGCUGCCGUGCUUAACAAAGUAGUGGAUAUUGACAUCAAGGAACUGAACAAUCCUCGGGUGUCCAGUGUGGUAGCACUAUUUUUGUUAUCCCUUGUUUUCCUGGUAAUUACGCAUCGCCCCCUGAUCAACGCGCUCACUUGGGUCAUCCUGAAUGCGGACCAUACCGUUUUUAAAGAAGGAGCAUCACAAAUCUUGAAUGCCUACAUUGAAAAUCGAGAGGUUGUUGCACUUGGAUUUGGACAACCUGUGGAAAGUUUAGAAGAAGCACUGGAAAGCUCGGCUGCAUCAUCCAGUUCCUAUAACUAUGACCCAAGUGCGGAAGAUGCCAAUAGCAGCAGUAGCACCUCGACCAAUGAGCCUCAGACAUCAAAUUCGCCAAGCCCACCAACACUAUCGGACGAAAUAGAAAAGGUGAACAUUACGGACGAAGAAAAGGAAAAACUAUUGCUUAUUGCAUAUCGAACUCCAGAGUUUAACAGACCAUUUCUCGAUAUGGUGCUUUCGUCACUAGACUGUGCCGAGAACGAUUAUUUAGCACUACUGGCCCUGUGUUUGUUGUACGCUUUAGCAAACAACAAAGGUGUCAAUUCCGAAUGGCUUGAAAUUGUACUGAGCCGCUCUUCACCGACCGGCUGUUCUAAGUAUAAUGUAAUACUGCUGGAAAAACUACUCCAAAUCAUCACGCUCUCGAAUCAACCAUCAUGUCGAAUUCGAUUAGUUACAAUCGAACUAACACUAAAGUUAUUUUCUCAAAUUGUUGGAAUCGGCACGAGUAACAUUAACAUAAGCGAACAACAUAAACACUCCGUUUUCUCUGCGCGCAAUCAAAGUAUGACUGUUCUAAGGAACUUUUAUAAAUCCGAGGACAUCUUUUUGGAUUUAUUCGAGGAUGAGUACAACGAAAUGGUGAAAUCUACUUUAAAUGUAGAGUUUUUAUGCAACGAUUCGAACAUUUUGCUGCCCCCAACGGGAACACCAUUGACUGGAAUCAGUUUCACCCGUCGGUUACCCUGUGGAGAGGUUGAAAAAGCACGUCGGGCUAUUCGUGUUUUCUUUCUACUGCGAAGGAUGUGCCAAUGUAUUACCGGGGAAAAGGAAACCUUGCUACCGCUGACAAACAUUAGUCACUGCGUACAAGUUGAAAAUGCACUGGAUUUAAAUAACAGUGAUCUUAUUGCAUGCACAGUACUGAUGCGCGAUGGAACAAAAUACCGUAGAUUUUUAGUGAUGGACAUUCUGCAGCUUAUUCUGGUAGAACCAGACAGUAAACGACUGGGUUGGGGUGUUGCCAAAUUCGUUGGAUUCCUGCAGGAUGUUGAAGUCAACGGUGACAAGGAAGACUCGCGAAGUUUGCAUUUAACUAUUCAUCGUGGUGGUGCAACAAACAAUCGUACUCCGAUACUGUCAGCUAAGUUCAUGUUCGACGAUCAUAUUCGCUGUAUGGCGGCCAAACAAAGACUCACAAAAGGUCGUAGUAAAGCUCGCCAGAAGAAAAUGUUCCAAAUUGCUCAACUGUUGGAGGUGCCUGGUCAAAUGAACGAUACGCAAUUUCCGUCGCUCGCAGGAACCAGUGGGUCUUCGGUGCCCGGCUCCAUGUUACGAUCAGGAACGGGACGUCAACUAAGAGAACAUCGUCCCUUAUUUUCCACCGCAAAUCGAGUGCCUGGUGUGGCAGCGGCGUUGAGAAGAGAUAGCAUGCCUUCCGGAAGCGUGAGCCGGGUACAAAUCAAUUCAAGUCGUUCCAUUGAUGGCGAUGCAACAGGAGCACGUCGCAAAAGCUCUAAUCCAGCACGUCGAGAAAGCAGUCAACCAAUUGCAGUUACCUCAGCAAAACCACGUGAUUCUUCCCACAAUCGAUCGAGUACGCCUCGGUCACGAGAAUCUAGCCCACGUGUGCCCCGGCCACGAUCGGAGGAAAUCCCUUUAGAGGAUUUCCGUCGUUCACAAAACUCAAGCCCCGUUUCACGUGGUUCAUCGAAUGCAGCUUCUCGCUCCCAUACACCUUCACGUUUAAGUCUCGAACCAUCCAGUAUGCAAGCAGCUGCGUGCAGUAGCCAGUUCGCGGGCAAUACUGGUCUCGUAGUAAAAGAACAUACAGUUCCUACGAUUGUGUCUGUCGGUAUCAAUCCGGCAGCUAUCACAAUACCAGUAGAGCUUAGUCCUACAUCGGAGGAGACUUCAUUUAUCGCUGGCGAAGAACGUCAGAAGAAAAAAGGCGUUAUCGAAACCGUCUAGCUGUGAUGGUAUUUGUUCUUUAGUGUUGUUUAAGAAAUGUUUUAUUUUGGGACUAUUCAAUUUUUAAUUCUUAGAGGAAUCUAAAAAACGAAUGAAUUUAUUAGGUGGAAUAAACAAGAUCACAUUAAUGAUUUACGCAA